AUGUAUGCAACCAAAAAAAGGAAGAAAGACAUCACGGCGCUAUUCAGCACAAAGCAGAAGGCAUGUGAGAGUCUAAAAGAUUAUCUGAAGCGAUUCACGGAGGAGAUGUCGACUCUAGAGACUUAUAAUUCUCACACUGCGUCACUGGCAUUCCGUAAAGGGGUGACGUCGAGAACAAAAAUGCACAAGUCCUCGGUUAAAACACCACCCCUCGAUAUGAGGGAGGUUCUGGCUCGGGCCGAUGAAAUCAUCAGACUAGAAGAGGAGGAACUUGCUCUGUCAAAGCGCACCACCACAACCAUUUCAGCACCAAAGCACCCGUAUGAGACGAUCCAAGGGCCAAGGACAAAAUUUUCAAGUGGAAAUCUUCGCAACCAAGCUAGGACCAAUUCUCCUCCAACCAAACUUACUGUCAGUCUGGCUAAGCUUUUCCACGAAAACAAGGACAAAGGGAUUUUCCGAACGCCUCUGACAUUACGGGAACCGCUAGAAAAACGAGACCGAAGGAAGACUUGUGCUCACCAUAAUGACUUUGGCCACACUACCAACGACUGUCGGAAUCUCAAAUACCAAGUUGAAGCAAUGCUGAAAAAAGGGAUGGUUUCGCAAUAUCGAGCCUAA